AUGCGACACGCGAUCGCUGUGCGUAGGGGGAUGUUCCGCAAGCCUGGAGCAUUCCGUCUCAGCCCAGUCCAGCGAGGCGUGGCGACGUUUUCCCAACGACGGACGGCGACGAGGGGGGCUGGGCGCGCGGAGCGAACUCCCGCUGCGGCUUCGGGGGGAACAGCGGCGGGUGCGGAAGGGCGCGGCUUUGGCGGAGCGCGGACAGAUGGGGAAGAGGAGUGGGGUGGUGAGGGUGAGAGCGAGGGCAUGGUGGGGAAAGGGCGGGGCGGGGAAGACUGCAGCGGAGCAAUUACUAGCCGAGGUGAGGAUAUGGACAUGGGCGAUGGGAGUGAUGGGGUUGGCAGCCCGGAGGGAAGGAGACGGCAGCAGAGCGAGGCGAGCAAAGAAUGGCGCAGCAGGAGAAAGGGUAGUGGGACAGGGGGCAGAGAACGGGGCAGCAAUGGGGAACGCAAGGGGGAAGGCACAGGGGAAGGAAGCGGCGAGGAGAUGCUGGUGCCGUCGGCGGCAGUGCUGCUGCUGCAGGGGCUGACGGUGGAGGCGCGAUGGCGCCUGCUGGUCCAAUGCACAGAUGCCCUGGUUGCUGAGGCCAGUGCGAUCGACAGCAAGGCGCGCCAGCUGUCGCAACAGGACUGGUCCACGUAUUGCACUGAUGUGAUUGGCCGGGCAGUGCUGACGUCAGCCAGGAGGUGGCAGCAACAACUGGUGGGCGGCAGCGGGAGGAGAAGAGAGGAGCGAGGGGGCGGGGUGGCAGCAGGGGAGAGUGGUGGGGCUGCUGCCGUUGGUGAUGCGGCUGGGGGGAGUGGUGGCGGGCGGGAGGGGGUGAGAGGAGGGGGUAGCGAGGCGGAAGGGGUUGCAGUGGGGGAGUGGCAGGGGAGGGAGUGGUGGGUGAGAGGGGAGGCGGUGAGGGGGGCAGUGGAGGAUGGCAGGUGGGCGCUCUACUGCCACCUGCUGGCCCACCUCCGGUUCACCCCGCAUGAGGGGGCUGACAGUUGCAUGGUGCAUGUGGUGUUGGACUGGAGUGGAUGCCUGCGUGGUGGAGAUGGCAGAGGCAGCACCGACGGUGACUGUGGAUACGGCAGAGGCAGUACACGUGGCUCUGUCUCCUACUCCCUGCUGCCACCUAUCAUACCCUUCCGCCCCCGCCCCACGCCGCACCCCGUUUCUCCCCUUCACCCUCGCAGCCGCAUAGCGCAAGUGGUGUUGGACGAUCUGGUGGUGGAGAUGGCAGAGGCGGUGCUGCUCACGGUGAUAGAGGCGGCCGGCACACAGGAGAGCCGCCAAUGGAUGGGGCUCUCCCUGCCCGGCCCUGACUCGCUUGACUUCGUUGACUCGCUUGACUUGGUUGAGGGGGGCUACAGCGGUGGCAGCAGGGGGACAGGGAUGGUGGGGUUGAGAGAGUCGCAAGGGGGGAUUGGAGGGUGGGACGUGGAAGGGGAGGGGUUGAGUGUUGUCGGACAGGGCAGGGGAAACAGCAGCAGGGGAGGAGUGAGCAUGGGCGAUGUGCUAUCUCUGUUCCGAGAGGAGUAUCGGUCCUCCCGACGGUUUGAGAAGUUCAGGAAUGAGGUAUCACUGCGCAAGUGGCUGCGUUGCAACGUGACAUCGGUGGUGGCCAUCUUUGAGGACCGCUUCCUCCUCUGGGGGCUGCGCCGCUCCUCGCCACCCCCUGCCCUCCCCACGGCCCACCUCACCCCUGCUGCUGCCGCAUGGUCAAGUCCAGAACCCACAACGCCAUCCUUGUCACAGCAGCAGCAGCAUGCACCUCAGCUGCCCCCCGUGUCGUUCCCCAACGACUUCUCCAGUGCGAGCAGCACCUCAGCAGGCGCGCCUCUGGCCUGGCUGCAGGGGCUGCUGAGACGAGGCAGCGCGAGCAGCGUGGGUGGUGCCGGCACCGGCGGUUCAGGCAUGGGGACAGCGAGUGACACGCGGCAGUGGUGGCAGGGGAAGAGGAGGCAGAGUAGGGUGGGGGAGCGGGGGCAACAAGGAAGGGUGGGUGGGCCUGUGGGUCUGGUGCGGUGCAGUGUGGUGGGCAGCAGACGAGGGGAGCUGCGACAGCUGAGAGGAUGGAAGCUGCUGGUGGUGGUGGCAUUGGAGCUAUCGGAUCUGCUCAUUCCGCUCUUCAAGGCGGCCAUCACAGCAGCAGGCAGGGCCGUCUCCUUCCUCCUCGUUGCUCUCAUUGGUCGCUCGCUGGGCCUUGUGUAUCGGGGCAUCCGGCAGAGCUGGGGCCAAGCUCUCUAG